UCCUCCGUGGCUCACAAGAAGCGGAUGUCAGACGACAGGAAGUGAGUGAAUUCCCCCGCGUCGUACUUUGCAAUACUCCAGCCUCGGAUCAAACUACAUGUCAACCGGGACGCGUGGCAGCAGGUUUUGAGGGCCAACAAGACACGACAUGACCCCGGCAUUCCUUCAGGGUGAACACGGGACUUGGAGGAGCGGACACGAACAAGGAGAACGUGACAUCCCAAUGAAGUGUUUAACGUGCUCUUUAGACAAGAAAAGGAUUUACAUUGGAGCUUUUUAGCACGGGGGAGGGGGGCCCGGCCAGGCGGCGAUGCUUGGGCCACUUUGGCCAACAGGACUGCUGCUCAGCUUCUUCACUAUCUGCACCACUUUGGACGCCGAGUGUGUGCUGGGCGUGGUCGGCCAGCCUCUCUCCCUGCCUUGCUUCUACCCCGACGCCGUGACCUUUGACAGCGCCUCCGUGGAGUGGUGGAGGAAUGACGAGGUGGUGCUCAGGUCCACGUGGAUAGGAGAGGGGCACGAGGAGUACGAGGUCCGCGACAGUGUGACCAUGUCAGCGGACGCUCGCACGACGGGGAACUUCAACCUGGAGCUGUCUAUGGUGGACCCCCAGGAGGACAACACGUCAUACAGUCUCCUCUUCACCUCUCCGGGGAGUCCCAGCGUGCAGGUGUGCACGCUGUGUCUCAGGGUCGCAGCUCCUUUCAGCCCGCCCGUGCUGCACUGGGAGGCUCCAGGGGAGGAGGACGACGAGAGCGUCUUCUUGUGCCACUCUGCCGGCGGUUUCCCGGAGCCCGCCGUGCACUGGCUGGUGGACGGCGGCGCCCCGGUGGCCCCCGGCGGCUCCGUGAGGACCCUGGUGGGGCUGCUGCCCGGCUCCCGUCUCUACAACGUCACCAGCUACUUGACCAUCAACAUUUCGGACGCCAACGUCUCGUGCAUCAUCGAGAACCCGCCCAUGAAUGAAACCUUGACCUCCACCACCCACGCCGUGUGGAGCGGCCCGGUGGUGAGUCGAGCCACGGAGGCAAUGUGGAUGUUUAGCACCGCCCUCUGCGUGGUGGUGGGCAUCAUGGUGGCGGUGGGCCUGGGCUACCAGAUCCACCUGGACCGGCUGAGUAAGAAGAAGAAGAUGGAACACCUCAGAAGGAGCAGCAGAGAACACAACAGGACACGUCAGGAGACGGAGGAAACGGUGAUGAUGAGCAUGCAGUCGUGGGAGACGAACGUUUAGACCGACGCAAAUGCAGCUGCAUGUUUGGAAGUUUAACACGCAGCAGGCCCGAGGCCAACCUCCCCACCCCCGCAACCCCGAUUUACGACCUCAUCCGAGGCUGUUUUCAUGGGUGGAGGUUUGUUUGUGUGCAAUUUCCUGUUUCAACCUAUUGAUUUUUGUUAAAGUAUUUUCUCCCAUUGUCAACAUUUCCAUACAUACGUAUCUUGUACAAUGUAAUGGCUGCAGCACUCCUCCUGUAUAUAAAAUGUUAAACUAGGGGUGUCCCAAGUGCAGCAUCAGGCACAUUGUAAAAAUAGGAUUUUCCAGGAAAACUAAAAAAAAAAAAAAAGGAAAAAUCAGCAAGAAUAAAGUCAAAAUGCUAAACAAAAAAAAAAUUACUCUAAUGAGAAAAAGUCGUAAUUUUAUAAGAAUAAAAAAACUUUGUAAAAAGAUAGAAAACAAGCAAUAAAGCUGUCAUUUUUGGAAAAUUAGGUUGUGGAAAAAGUUAGAAUGUUACGAGCACGAAGUCAAAUAUUAUGGGAAUAAAGUCAUAAUUACGGGAAGUUAAGAGAAAUUAAGAGAGCUGAAAUGAUUUGGGGAAAAAAAGAUAUGGGAAAAAAAAAAGAACACAUUUUUAGAAAAA